UCCUUCUUCAUAUUGAAACGGAUUCAAGAGACAAACAGCAGCUCCACGGCAGCCUGGAAGAGUGGCAAUUCAUGAAGUUCAGGACUGUUGGGUAGACCUCUGAAUUGUUUUGUGGAGUAGGAACGUCUUGAACUGGUGAUGCUGAGAAAGGGGGAGUGGGUCUGGGUGGACUCGGCCAUCGGAGUACCCAUCGGAGCGAGGGUCAAAGUCGCACCAUCUGGUCAGCGGUUGCUGGUGGACGAUGACGGAAAGGAGCAGAGUCUGUCCCAGGAGCAGGAAGCGUCUCUCAGGAUCAUGCACCCCACAUCGGUGGAGGGUGUGGCCGACAUGAUCAAACUGGGGGACAUGACCGAGGCCGGCCUCCUCAGGAACCUGCUGCUCCGACACAAACAAGGCCUCAUCUACACCUACACAGGCUCUGUGCUGGUGGCAGUGAACCCGUACCAGGAUUACCCUCUAUACUCAGGUGACCAGGUGAAGUUGUACCACGGUCGUAAGCUGGGGGAACUCCCUCCGCACAUCUUCGCCAUCGCUGAAGCCUGCUACUGUAACAUGAUGCGCCAUCUCAGGAACCAGUGCUGCAUCAUCAGUGGGGAAUCAGGUGCGGGGAAGACAGAGAGCACUAAGCUGAUCCUGCAGUACUUGGCAGCAGUCAGCGGGGAGCUCUCUGAACAGCAGAUCGAACAGCAGAUCCUGGAGUCGAACCCGAUACUAGAAGCAUUUGGAAAUGCAAAAACAAUCCGCAACGACAACUCCAGUCGCUUUGGGAAAUAUUUGGAGAUCUUCUUCAGUAAGGAGGGAGUGAUCAAAGGUGCUCGCGUGGAGCAGUAUCUUCUGGAGAAGUCUCGUGUCUGCCAUCAGGCCCUGGAGGAGAGAAACUACCACGUGUUUUACUGCAUGCUGGCAGGAAUCACGGCCGAGCAGAAGAAAACUUUGAGCCUCGGAGAUGCUAAGGAGUACAAAUUCCUUUCUAAGGGCGGCAGUAUCGUGUGUGAAGGCAGGGACGACGCUAAAGACUACAAGCGUAUUCUCUCUGCGAUGAAGAUCCUGACCUUCUCGGAGAGCCAGUGUCACGAAAUCCUCAAGCUGCUGGCGGCCAUAUUACACCUAGGGAACGUCUGCUUCAAGGCCAACACACAAAAUAACUUGGAAACCAGUGAUGUCAGCAAGUCGGAGCACUUCAGCAUCGCAGCAUCAAUACUGGAGGUCCACAAGUCUUCCCUGGCGGAGAGUUUGACCAAUCGCUCCUUUAUGACCAACACAGAGCGGGUGACCAAACCCCUCAGCUGCGAACAGGCCUCUGACUGUAGAGAUGCCUUCGUCAAGGCGAUCUACAAUAAGCUGUUCAUAUGGAUCGUUGGGAAAAUCAACAGUGUCAUCUAUAAGACGUUGACCAAAAGCCCCAAAUCCUCCUUCCUGUCCAUCGGCCUGCUCGACAUCUUCGGCUUUGAGAACUUCACCACAAACAGCUUCGAGCAGCUGUGCAUUAAUUUUGCCAACGAGAAGCUGCAGCAGUUCUUUGUGGGCCACAUCUUCAAACUGGAGCAGAAGGAGUACACGAAAGAGGACAUUGUGUGGAAUAACAUCAAAUUCAGUGACAAUCAGAAGAUCCUGGACGUCCUGGCUGUGAAACCCUGCAACCUGCUGGCUCUGAUCGAUGAAGAAAGCCAUUUUCCAAAGGGCUCAGACUUCACUAUGCUGAACAAGAUGAACCAGCAACACAAUGGGAACAAGCGCUACAUCGGCUCCAAAAGUGAGCGCGACACAGACUUUGGGAUUCGCCACUUUGCAGGCGUGGUUCACUACGAUUCCACAGGUUUCUUGGAAAAGAACAGAGAUGCCGUCAGUCAUGACAUAAUCAAGAUGGUUGAAACGACCACCAAUAAGCUGCUCCAUCAGAUAUUUGAGAAUGAGCUUUCAACCAACGGUGUGAAGAUUGGUAACAACAAGAAGGUCAUCAUGACACCUAAGAACUCCAUACGGGCCCAGACUGACACCCGUAAACAAGUGGCGACGCUGAGCGCUCAGUUCCGUCAGUCUCUGGACUCCCUCAUGAAGGCCCUGUCCGCCUGCCAGCCUUUCUUCAUCCGCUGCUUCAAACCCAACAAUGAAAAGCAGUCUAAGGCGUUUGACAGAGAGCUGUGCAUGCGUCAGCUGAGAUACUCCGGCAUGAUGGACACCAUCCGCAUCCGGAAGCUGGGAUACCCAAUUCGCCACACGUUCGUGGAAUUCCUGAAGCGCUACAGGGUGCUCCUGAAGACGACCGUCUGUGACCCCAAAACUGAAACAGCUGCUGCCUGUUGUGAAGCCAUCUGCAAGACAGUGAUUGAAGGAGAGGACGAGUGGAAAAUAGGCAGGACCAAGAUCUUCCUGAGGGAUGCCCAUGAUGCCGUCCUGGAACGACUGAGGGAACAGCAACUCAGCAGCGUAGCUGUGGUGAUCCAGAGGGUCAUGCUGGGACACAAAGACAGAAAGUGUUUCCUGAAGAAGCGGAGGGCAGCUGUGGUGUUGCAGAAGAACUGGAGAGCUUAUAGACGGGAGCUAAUGCGAAGAAAGCUCCAGCAAGGCUUUGAGCGACUGGUAUCAAAGAUCCGCAGUCGAAAGCUGCGGUCACAGUACAAAAGACAGCAAGUUGCAGCACUCACCAUUCAGAGACAGGUCCGAGGCUACCGGGCGAGGAAAGACUGUAAGCAGAAGAGAGAGGCAGUCAUACUGCUGCAGGCUUACAGAAGAGGAGUCCUGGCCAGAAGAAAAGCUCAAAAGAUGAAGGAUGAGGCCGCACUUUUACGCCUGGAGAGAGAGAAGGACGCGCAGAUUGCUUCGGAGUUAAAGCGGCGACUGCAAGCUAUCGCCAUAUCACGGCGAGCUGACGAGGAGCCUGAGCCAAUCGUUGAAAAGGAUUCAAAGGACGACUCGUAUGACCUCCAGCCCACGCCUCCUGAGGACCACUCGUAUGACCCCCAGCCCACGCCUCCUGAGGACCACUCGUAUGACCUCCAGCCCACGCCUCCUGAGGACCACUCGUAUGACCUCCAGCCCACACCUCCUGUGGAAGUGGUAGAACAGAAAGCACCACAAUCAGAUAAAUUUGAGAAGAGGAGGAACAUGCCAGAGCCGGAGGAGGAAACCUCAGUCGAGACCUCAGAGCCGGAAAUCAUCGCCCCAGCCUCAAUCUCUGCAACCCCCACCCCAUCGCUGGACGAGGAAGAGGAGGAGGAGGAGGACGACGAGUUUGAAGACGGAAGCGAUGAGUUUUCAUUCUUCAAGUUCAGCAUCCUUCACUUCCAGAGCAACCACGGCCACACGCACAUCAACCAGAGACUCAAGCAGCCUCUCCUGCCCCACGAUGACGAGGGCGAUGUACUGGCAUGUCUGACUAUAUGGUGGAUUAUACUGCGUUACAUGGAGGACAUGCCAGAGCCAAAAUCUGUGGACGCCAUGUCUCUAGCGUCCAGCACCAUCUCGCGUCAUCCGCCUCGUAGGCAGGGCAGGAGGCUGAGCAGCCUGGUGGGAUGGGACCAGAAAAUAAUGAGGAAGAACAAGAAAAAGCUCGGAGGUGGAAUGAGAAAAGCUUCUGUCAUUCUUGAGGAGCCAGAAGACAUGACAGAGGACGAGGACAUCCUGGUUGGAGAGGGUCCGACGAUGGAUCGGCCACUUACAUCUGUGGAAAAACUACACAUUAUCAUCGGAUACGCUCUAUGGAGACGAGACAUAAGGGAUGAGAUUUACUGCCAGAUCUGUAAGCAGCUGGUGAACAAUAAGAACAGGAGGAGCCGUAUGCAAGGCUGGAGCCUUCUCUCCAUCUGUCUUGGGAUCUUCCCCCCCACAGACCUCUUCAUGGAGUAUUUGGAGAGUUUUGUCCGCAAAGGGCCAAGCGGUUAUGGAGAAUACUGCACUGAGCGCCUGCGUCGUAUAGUACUCAACAGAGAAAGAAAAGAGUUGCCCUGUUGGAUUGAGCUCCAGGCCGCAAAAUCCAAGGAGCCCAUAGAUGUGACUGUGUCUCUACUGGACGGCCGCACUGUCAGUUUACAGCUGGACUCGGUCUCCACCUCUGCUGAAGUCUGUCAAGCUGUGGCUGACAAGAUCGAUCUUACUGACACAUAUGGAUUCUCCCUGUAUAUCAGUUUUUAUGACAAGAUGUGGUCUCUGGGCAGCUGUGGGAAGCAUGUGUUGGACUCAGUGUCUCAGUGCGAGCAGGAGACGAGGAGGCAGGGCCGGCAGGAGAAGGACGCCCCCUGGAAGCUCUCCAUCCGCAAGGAGGUGUUCACCCCCUGGCACGACUGCUCAGUAGACCCGAUCAGCACGGAUCUAAUCUACAGACAGGUCAUCAAGGGAAUCAAGAUGGGAGAGUACACCACUGACAAGGAGGAUGAAUACGUCCAGAUGGCAGCAAAGCACUAUUACAUCAAGUUUGGUUCUGCAUACAACAAAGACGACGUUCGUACGGUGGUUGACGAGUGCAUCGCCACGCCACUUAUUGAGAACAAAUCUAUGACAAAGUGGAUUCAACUCAUCAGCGCAGCACUCUUACAGGGUCCUUAUGUCAACGGGAAGCAGAAAACAGACAGCGUAAAAGGCGAACUGGUCAGCAACGCCCAACACGCAUGGCCCCUGCACUUCUCCAAGUUUUAUGAAGCGACUUGGAUAUCAGGACCUCCUUUGCCCAAAUGCUGGUUUGUUGUGGCUGUUAACUGGAACGGCAUCUUCUUCAUGGAUGGAAGAGACAAGAUGCUCCUUGAGAUUCCUUACCUUGAAGUAAAGGAAAUGCGUAUGAUCAGUGAAGGUAUUUUGAGUGGUCAGUCAGUGAAUUUGACCACAGUCAGAGGAGAGUAUGUCCUGAAGUGUGGGGAAGCUGCGGACAUGGCGGCACUUACAGAGAAAAACCUGGAAGGGCUGAGACAGCGCUCAGUGUAUGCACUGGCUCAGCAUGAUGCCAGUAAAAUAGACGACCCCACGUUCCUGGUUUGUAAGCGAGGGGACCUGCUGCAGCUAGAGAAAGAUGAAAAAAGUUCUCCUGAUAAGAACUGGAUCAACGCAACCAACCAGCGGAGCGGUGCCAGCGGUGCCGUCUACAAGGAUACGAUGCAGUUCCUGCCGACUCUAGAGAGGCCCAAUGAGGAUAUGCUGGAACUGCUCAGUCCAGGCCAGCGGAAACCUUCAACAACACAAAACACCACACAGAGAGAGGACACAGUGGCUCCUGUCUCUUUAAAAGAGUUUGCACUUGACAACUUCAGGCCUGCAGGUAAAGAUGUCGGUCGACAUGGUGCGUCCAAAGGGGUCAGCAGGGAGAAGCUGUGGGCGAGUUCCAGAGAACCUCUCAAACAGCCGCUGAUGAUGAGCCUGGCCCGCAACACUGACCUCAGCAACAUGGCCUGCAACGCCUUCACUGCUAUCCUGAAGUACAUGGGCGAUUACCCCAUCAAACAUGCUCGCAGUCCUAUAGAGCUGACCGACCAGAUCUUUGGUCCAGCCACCCUACAUGACGCUCUGCAGGAUGAGAUCUACUGCCAGAUUAUGAGACAGAUGACCAGCAACAACAGCAGGUUGAGUAUGGAGCGUGGGUGGCAGCUCAUGUGGCUGUGUUCGGGCUUGUUCCCGCCCAGUCCGAGUUUGAUGCAACACACUGUGCGCUUCCUGGAGUCGCGGCCCAGAGACCUGCUGGCUGCCGGCUGCCUGCAGAGGCUGCGUGAGAUGCGCAGUAAGGAGCCCAGGAAGCUUCCUCCCCAUCCGGUAGAAGUGGACGCCAUCCAACAGAACAGCACCCAGAUCUUCCAUAAAGUCCACUUCCCAAAUGACACGAGUGAUAUAAUUGAGGUGAAAUCGACGACGACAAUCGAAGGCUUGUGCAGCAGCAUCGCCUCUCAGCUCAGACUGAGCUCAGCUGACGGAUAUGGCCUGUACCUGAAAACCCUGAGCAAGGUGAUAAGCUUGGAGGAGCAGAAAUAUUUUUUUGACAGUUUAAGGCAGACUUCAGAGGCUCCUAAGAAAGGAAAAAAAGUGAAAGAUGGCAACCAGGCCAACAUGGCCUACCUGGUGAUCUUUAAGAGGAAGCUCUGGUUCAACGUGAGCCCGGGGAAAGACCUGGUUGCAGACCUCACGUUCCAUUUCCCACAGGAAGUGCCUAGGUACCUGCGUGGAUACCACAAUUGCACCAAGGAGGACAUGACCAACCUGGGUGGGCUGCUCUUCAGAACAGAAGUGGAUUCAGACAGGUCGCAGUUUGUCAUGAUCCCCAGAAUGCUGAGGGAGCUGGUUCCUGCUGACCAGUUAAAGAUCAUGUCCCCUGAAGACUGGAAGAAGCACAUCAUCUCCGCCUACAACAAGCAGAGCGGCCUCACGGUGCAGGAGGCCAAAGUCGCCUUCCUGAGAGGCAUUUCCAGUUGGCCAACCUUCGGCUGUGCCUUCUUUGAAGCUAAACAAACGUGUGAAUCUAGCUACCCAAAUGCAAUUUUGAUCGUCGUCAGCAAGCAAGGUGUCAGCUUCAUAGACCCAAGUACAAAGGAGCUGCUGGUCAUGCACCCGUUCAGCCGCAUCAUAGAGUACCAGAGCGAAGGCGGCUACUUCGAGAUGACCAUCGGCACCCUGGUGAGGGGCAUCGCCUUCGUCUGUGAAACCCCACAGGCCGACACGAUUGUGGACCUUCUUAGAUCGUACAUCACCAUGUACGAGAAGCAGCAUCAGCAUCCGGCCUUUGCACCAAGGAAAAACAUGUUUUCCUGAACAGACUGAGCUGCUGCGAUUGAUAUGCACCCUUGAUCAAUCUCUUUAAAUUAAUUUAUUUGUGUACUUUAAAUGGCUAAAUUGUCCCCAAAACAGAUUGCCUCUACUAAAAAAGAUAGUGAUAUUAAAAUUUUAUGUCA